GGAAAAUAGUAAGACAAACAACAAGGACAGCGUUAGCCAAUAACAAAAUAAGGGAAAAUAAAUAAUAUUUGAAUUAGGAGAAAGAACACACUCUAGUAAUACAGGUUAAGAAUAAUUUGCAUUCACAAUUAAAUAAAAAUUUCUUUCAACGAGAAGAAUUGAUCAGUUUGCCACAUUUGGUCAUUCCAUAGGAGCAACGCUAACGUUACAGCGCUCGAGCUAGCCAUCGAAAGGAAGGCUACAUUGUGUCAUCUAAUUUUGCCUUCCUUUUCUACGGAAGAGAAAAGUGAGUUGUGUUGGUUGUCAUUUUUCCCAAUGUUAUUCCAGUCAGUGUUAGCAGUCAAAUAGCUAAAAUAAUAUUAUCAAUAAUCCGCCGUUAAUAUUGUUAAAAUUGCAUUAACUAGAUAUCUAGCUAAAUACGAACAAACGAAUGUUGUAAGCUAGUUAGCGUUUUAGCUACGAGACAGCUAGAUAUUCGUCUCAAGACAGUUGGUCUGAAUGCUCGCGACGGCGACGACAUUAACUUAUUAGCUAUAACCGAACAUUGCCCCAACUAUCCUAUGAUAUUCCGUCCCAGUCAUUUCUUUUGAAUUACAUUUCUAGCUAGCUAGUGCAACUGCUGACAACCAGAUAACUAGCUAAAGAGUUUGGUUUAUCUUUUCAAAAUGUCGGCGCUGCGGAGCAGCUCUUUGAGUGGCUAUUGUGGUCAUCAAAUAGGACAUUAUUGCAAAUAACAUGUUAUUACUUUGACAACAACAAUGAUAAAUGCAGAAACUCCACAUCCCGUUUGAUUUCACUUUUCGGUUAGCUUUAGAUUAGACCCCUUGUUCUGGUGCGAGGGAAAGUGAAAGUGUUACAGGUAGGCUAAUGUUUAAACUUGCUGUCUCUCCACAGACAAGAACCAGAUACAAGAUGAGGCUAGUCGGGUCCAAGGAUUGUAACGAUUGAUCCUUCAUUAAAUGUCAUAAUGUCUGCUAAGUGUCUGCAUUGGGUAGGGUACCUAGGACAAUGACGCCUGCCAUUCCAGUAUUAUUCAGCUGUCCUUAUCUGACUCUUCAGCCCUGCUGAGGUGUGGUGUCGGAGAAGGUGAGUGAGAAUGGAUCAAGGCCCCCACCUGCCAUGAGAUUGGAUACUUUUUUGGAACUUUAAUCAAGAGACAGGGAGGAAGAUGGAGAAAGAGGUGGCUGAGAGGGAGGUGGAGAUGGAGGGAGAGACAUGGACUGUAGAGGCAACUGAGGAGAGUCCUGAGGAGAGUCCUGAAGAGCUGCCCUCAGGUGUUCCUCCCCUCCCAUCUUCAACCGCCAUGCCCAACCAGUGGGAAGUCAGAGGAGAUGAGGAGGAAACUCAACAACCAGUUCCCAAUAAGGACAUGACGGACUAUAUCAAAGUUACCCCUCAGGAUAUCCCAUCCCCAGUCAUCCAGGAGGACUCUGAAGAUGUAGAAGCAGAGGAUUGUGGGAUCGCAGAUGCCAAUGAGGACGAUGAGGUCUCUCUGAGACAGGAGGGGGUGGAGCAUGUGGAGAGAGAAGAAAAUGAGGAGACGGAGGGUGGAGAUGAAGAGGAGAGCGGAGGGAAGGAGCCACGCAUAAACGGGGAGUCAGGCUGGAGGAGCUCAGGGGCCGGAGGGAGGAGAGGCCGGUCCCGGAACAGCGGAGGAGGAGGGGGGGCAGUCUCGGAGCAUAACACCCAGGCUACAUCAUCAUCCUCGUCCACCUACCUCCCUAAAGGUUCCUUGUCGUCGGGCGGUGGUAGGCACAAGCAGGCCCGGAGGCGCAACCACCACCAUCAACAGGGCCGGGGCCGGCGGCGGACGGGCACCCAGCUGGCCUUGGCCUUCAGGGAGCUGCUGUCGGAGUCGCUCAGCCCCUGGUGCAUCUCCUGCAUCCACAUGGUGGUGGAGAUCAUCGUCACCGUGACCCACCGAUGCGGGGUGGCCGUGGAGGCCGGAGGGGUGGCCCUCUACGACCUGGGCUCACAGCUGCUCAACAAGGUCACGGACGUGCCGGGGAUGAAGGCGGACGCCCAACGCGUGCUGGAGAGGGUAAGGUGCGCCGGGGCGGUCCUUGUGGAUAAGAGCGUCCGGUUGGUGAAAUGGGUCCGGAAGGCCUCCCUGAACUGCUUCAGCUUCCUUUGUGCCGUGGUGCUGCUGGGGUUCCAGUGGGCCCGGUUCAUGCUGGUCCGGCUGGGCGGGGAGAGGGCCCAGCGGUGGUGGACGGCCAUGCAGGACUCCAGGGUAUGGAGGAGGGUGGCGUCGCUGGUGGAGAGGGUCAGUGGCUGGUUCAGGAGGAGAGCCACCCAGGUGCCCCCCUUCACCCCAGAGUCUCCCGGUGGAGCAGGCAGAUACCAGCCUGGGAAGGAGCUGGAGAGACUGCUAGCGCUGGCUCAAGUCCCUGAGGAGGAGCUGGACCCUUUUACAGUGCUGGGGGUGGAGGCCCACGCCACUGAAGCGGAGCUAAAGAGGGCCUACAGACAGCUGGCUGUCCAGGUGAGUUUACGGGUGCAAUGAGAUGGGCAUUAUAUCUUUUGAAUACAGGUGUAUGAUAAAAAAUGUGUGGAACUCAUCAACUGGAGAGUGUAGCAAUUAUAGACAAACACAAGCCAAUGCAGGUUUGCACUUGGCUGUGCAUGGCUGCAUGCAUCUUUAUUGUUUUAUAUCCACAAUAUAAAAUGUAAUCAGAAAAUGACUAGAAGUAGCCAACCUGUUGGGUCUCUUCCUUAGUUUUUCUCUCUCUUCCGUUAUGUUAUCUGCUCCGCCCUUUACAUCUGUUCCAUCUUUCUCUUUUCCUUCCUCUCUCAGGUCCAUCCAGACAAGAACAAGCACCCGCGCGCUGGGGAGGCCUUUAAGGUGCUGAGGGCUGCCUGGGACAUCGUCAGUAACCCUGAGACACGGAGGGAAUACGACCUGUGAGUAGAAGACACACAAGCUACUAGACCAGUACUUAUAUCAAAUGCAAGAAACCAUGAUCACAUGACUUCACCUUUAACAAAUACCUCUGAAGUUAGAACUCAGGCCUCUCACAAUAGGAUUACAGAUGGAGAAGCAUUCCUUAACUGUGGUCCUUAGCAUGGUAUAGUCAAUCUAAAGGCCUGUGGAAUGUUUAGUUUAGUUCCUCAGUAACCCAGAUACAUGGAGAGAAUAUGUGUUAUGAGUAGAAGGCACACAAACUGGACGAUUACUCAAAUGAAGAAACCGUGAUCGAAUGACUGCACUGAAGGCCGGUGGGAUGUUUGGUGUAGCUGAUAUGGCUUUGACUUUUGUUUGCCUGCACCUCCCUCAGGAAGCGCAUGGCGCAGACAGAACUUUCCAAGUCGAUGAAUGAGUUCCUCACCAAACUGCAGGACGACCUGAAGGAAGCUAUGAACACUAUGAUGUGCACCAAGUGUGAGGGCAAGCACAGGUACGUCACUGACUGAAUUAAUAUCUAUAAUAUCUGAAUAUCUAUUAAAAAUAUCUAUAUCAUACAUUUAUAACCAACACCCUGCAGACUGUUGUGAAAGGAGGGAUUGGAAUAGUAAUAUAAUUUACCUACCCUGCAGUCUUGUCACCCCUACAGUAUUUAGCUUAAUUCAUUAAUGAUAUGGUGACUAAAUCACUAAAAUUGUAUUUAUACAUUUUGCUGCCUACAAAAUAAUUUGUUACAUACAAAAAGCACAGGCCAGACAUAAAGAGCAUCCCAUUCUGCAUUGUUUAGUUUAAGUUGCUGACUCCUCCCUGUGUGUGCAGGAGGUUUGAGAUGGACCGGGAGCCUGCGGAGGCGCGGUUCUGUGCAGAGUGUAAUAGACGCCACAGCGCCGAGGAGGGAGACCUGUGGGCCGAGUCCAGCAUGCUGGGCCUACGCAUCACAUACUUCGCCUGCAUGGAUGGCAAGGUCUACGACAUCACAGGUACUGGCUUGACUAUGGCAGUUUUCGAGAGCAUCAAAACUGUUAUGCAUUGUGGGUACAUUUUGACUGACUGACUGAUCUAAAAAAAUAAAUAAUUAGUAGUUAUUUAUGCUGCAAGGUGAUUUGUAAAUCAGUCAGUCUGCAAUCGCAAACUGCAAUGCAGUCGAUGUCGAACAAGCCCAUUGCUUUUACAAGCCGUGUAAUGACACCCACAUGGAUAGUUAGGCUCUCAUGUAUGCUAAUGCAAUACUACUUUAUGUAUUUUUAUUUUAUUAUUUAUUUAACCUUUAUUUAAGUAGGCAAGUCAGUUAAGAACAAAUUCUUAUUUACAAUGAUGGCCUACACCGGCCAAACCCGGACGACGCUGGGCCAAUUGUGCGCCGCCCUACGGGACUCCCAAUCACUUAUUGACUUAAUGAUGUUGUUGUUCUGUUUCAUCGGUAAACUAAAAGCACUCUUAACAAGCCAACUGACAGGCUCAAGAUCUCUACAACUAAAUUGAAUUCUAAGCUGCCAAAUAAUGUUAAGGCACCUAAAGUCAGACUGACUAUUUCUUCUCCUAGCCGCUUGCUUCAGUAUUGUCACAUUGAUUAAUUUGUGUCACCUUUUCUGCUCUCACCUUUCAGAGUGGGCCGGCUGCCAGAGGAUAGGAAUCUCUCCAGACACACACCGCGUGCCCUACCACAUCUCCUUCGGAUCCAAGAACAACGGCAGCUCCACGCAGCGCCACAGGUAGGUCCCAGGGCAAUGAGGGUUUCGUUCCAAUAAUCUCAUCUUCCUCCUGAAGUAAGCUCGUUAACUACUCCAUACAAAUGUAAAAGCAUUGGAUUGGUGUAUGCAUGGGCUAGAGGGAGUUUCCAUAUACCAGUCAUAUCCUUUCAAAUCCAUGAAGGGAAGGGAACAAGUGCACACUUCAGGAGAAAGGAAAGAUUAUUGGGAUGCAACCAAGGGGGGUUGAUCCGAGGCCAUUCGGCCCGCGUGCCACCAGUUACCCAUCCCUGGUGGGCUAAAUGGAAAUAGAAUGAAUGUAACAGAAUGAAAGGCUACCCAAGGCUCUGAUGAAGGUUGUUUGUAUGUCCCGUGAAUAAAACUCAAGACACCGAGUGCUCCUUUUUCUUGGUUUUCCUGGAGUCACCUGUUGAAUGUUUUUUUUAAUGUAACUCUCCUCUCAUGAUCUCCAGGACACCUCCAGGCCCAGAGCACCCUCCUCCAGGCCCGACCAACCCCGCUGACCUGCAAGACUUCUUCAACCGCAUCUUCCAGGGGGGACCUCCCCCCGAUAUCGCUGCCAACGGGGGUUUCUUCCCUUCAGGACCGCCCCCCCAUCACCCCUCUGCUGCUGGACCGGGACCUAGUGGACCUUUCUCCCCUCCUCCACCUCAGACUGGCUUCUUCAUGCCUCCUGGAGGGCCCCGGCCGGAGCCCAGCGAGACGUGGGCCGAGAGCGGAGGCAAACCUCCGCCCCGCAGGAAAAAGAAGGUCCGCAAGCCCUUCCAGAGGUGAGAGCGGCCAUUGUUGUGAUGCGUCAUCGUAGCAACACGGGGACACUCAACAUGCGGCCAUGUCUUUAUCUCUUGCUUGUCUGUCAGAGAGCCCGGACCUCCUCCUACUGUACAUGAGUCGAAGGAUCACUCGAGCUCAGGAAGAUUCACACUGGUCAGGGCUACCACACAACUCAAUGACUGACAACACAGAGGUCCCAAGCCAGAGAUGAGACUGGACCAUGUAAAAGAAGAAGAAACUAACUCCGAGUUGAAGUAUAUUUGGGGUUAGGAGGUGGCAGUCUUUUUGCUUCUCCCUCUUUCAUUUGUUUUCUUCUUGCGUGAAACAGCUGUAGCCAUGCCACUGAAAUCACAAGCCUAUUGCUUAUAUUGCAGACACAUUUCCUUAGGUCUUACUUUCCUGCACAAUCCUGCAUACACGAUUGCAUCAUUACAUGCCAUUGGACACUUUAGUUCUUGACACUUUUGUGAUAAAUGUUUUGGCAUAUGGUAAUCUAAUCUUGAUUCAUUUCUGGAUUGAACUGCUCAAGCUGAAUCCUGGGAGAAGACUGUCUCCAGAGAGAGGGCUGCUCUGCCCGUUACUGCUUGUACAUACCCUUCCUUCUGCCUGUUGCCUUCUUUGAUAAAUUGUUAGGUUAUCAUUUGAACAACUGCUUUUCUGCCAUUUUUAUUGCUUUGAAUGAAGUUAGAGUGAAAGUUUGUCACUAAUUUAUAUUGGAAAGUAAGUUUGUGGGGAAUGCUUUUCCACCUGAAUUAGAGUGAACGUUUGCUCCCUGCCAAACAUAGAUA